UCUCUCUCUCUCUCUCUCUCUCUCUCUCUCUCUCUUUCGCCGUAGGCUUUGCUUUACUCUCGAGAACCAGACCCAAAAGAAAGAUCCUUACUUCCGCAUUCAUUAUAUAUAUCCAUCCGGAGAAAAACCCAUUUUAAUAAAUCACCAAAAAGGAGCGAUCUUUGCGCUUGAAUUCUCCAAGGUUGGUCUUUAUCUUGCAACGGUAACAAAAAAAGGGUUUCACUUUUCAAAAUCCGACAGAGAAAGGACCAGACCCAGAGCUUAGCUUUCAUGUCUUUCUUCUUCUUCUUCUGACAAUCAUUACCAGAAAAGAGACAGAGACAAAAGACAGACACUUUCCAUGUCUUUUUUAAAAGUUGGCGGUGAAUACAUGGAGAGAAGAAGAAACGGAAUGGUGGGCCCUCCUGCGCCGAGGAUUCUCCAGCUGCCACGUAGGCACAUCGUUCGAAGAAAUGCUGCAAAGGGGAAGAAGACGACAACAUCAUCAUCACCGAAGAAGAAGGAUGAGAGAGUGAAACUGGAGGCUCUGUUUCACCAAGAGAGGUCUUUUCACCGCGAGGAGGAGGAGGAAAGAGGAAGAAGAAGAGGCAAAGUUGCAGACGGGAGAGAGAUUACUAGUAGGUCUUCUUCACCUGUUGAUGAAGCCAAGUGGAGGUUUCAGGCGGAGAUGCUGAGAUCAGAGUGUAAUUUACUAAGGGUUGAGAAAGAGAUCGCUAUGAAGAAGAUGGAGAGGAGGAAGAAGCGGAUGGAGAGAACACUUAGAUCUGCUGUUCUUACUCUCCUCUCUGGGAAACAGAGGAUCUCAGAAGGGGAGAAAGAAAGCAAGGCUCUGGAAGAUGAGAUUAGCUAUUUAAUUGAGAAACUGAACGAGUUGAAGUCUUCUCCAAAGGUUGAAGACAUGGAGGGUGGAAACUACUACAGACAUAACUUUGACAGGCAAGCUUCUGUUUUAAGAAGAGAGCUGGAGAGGUUAGAAGAAGGAGAGGUUUGUGUUGAAGGGAUUCAGAAAAUGGCAGAGGCUAGCUUCUUGGUCAAUCCCAACACUCUAGCUGAUCAAAAUAUAGAUACAUUGAGUAGUAAAAUGGAGGAACUGUCUAAAGGAGUAUUUGUGCAGGCGCAUGAAGAAAAGAAAGGCUGUUCUAGGCAGUGCAAAGCAGUUAUGAGGAAGAUUGCGGAUCAAGUAAGAGCAGAGGCAGAGCAGUGGUCACAAAUGCAAGACAUGUUGGGUCAAGUGAGGAAUGAAAUGGCAGAACUUCAAACUUGUCGUGAUUUUUGGCAAAACAGAGCUCUUGAAUCAGAUUAUCAGAUACAGAAUCUACAUUCCUCAGUUGAAGGAUGGAGACGAAAGGCGUUGUCAUCAGAAGCAAAGUUGAAGAACCUAGAAGCAGAGGUUUGCAGAUUACAAGAAGAGAUGAAAAGAUUGAGGAGGGAAGAUAAGGUAGAAGCAGAGAAGAACAAGUUGCCAACUGAGUCAGAAAAGAGAGUGUUGAUUUGUAGGUUGAAAGAGAACAGACAUAGUAGCAAUGGAGAUUGGUCUAAGUACAGCGAAGGGAAAGCAACAAAACCGUCGUGCUCAAGACCGCCUUUAAAAGAGAUUAGGAACGGUCCAAUGUCAGGGAGACAGAGAAACUCUAGUGUCAUGAGAAUGUAACUUGUUUUCUGAUAAAAAAAACAGAUUUCUCUUGUUUUCUCUGGUUAAUAAAAUUUACAAAUCAUGAAAACUUGAUUGAACC